GCUCGACGCUCGGAGGAAGUUUCGCUUCGGACGUUUCGCGGACCGGGGCCGGUUUUUAUUUCGCUUUUUCCCCCCCUCCCCCGUCCCGUUAACCUUUCCCUUUCGGUGACGGAACUUCAGACAUGGCGCAGUACAAAGGGGCGGCGAGCGAGGCCGGCCGGGCCAUGCAGCUCAUGAAGAAAAGGGAGAAACAGCGGGAGCAGCUGCAGCAACUCAAACAGAAGAUCGCCGAGGAGAACCUGGUGAAGUCUAACAUCGAUAAGAAGUUCUCAGCUCACUAUGAUGCAGUGGAGGCUGAACUCAAAUCCAGCACUGUUGGCCUGGUGACCCUGAAUGACAUGAAGGCGAAGCAGGAAGCCCUCGUGAAGGAGCGGGAGAAACAACUCGCCAAGAAGGCACAGUCCAAAGAGCUGCAGCUCAAGCUGGAGAAACAGAAAGAGAGGGAGCGCAAGAAGGAGGAGAAGAGGAAAAUAGCCAGCUUAUCCUUCACCCUGGACGAGGAAGAGGAUGACGAGGAUGAUGUGGAAGAGGAUGACGAAACAGGAGACGAGUUGAAAAGUGAGGAUGAGGACCUGGCAUUAGAAGUUCCUAUCAAGAGAAGGAAGCUUGGGAAAAAUCCAGAUGUGGACACAAGCUUUUUGCCAGACAGGGACCGGGAGGAGGAGGAGAACCGUCUGAGGGAGGAGCUGCGGCAGGAAUGGGCAAACAAGCAGGAGAAAAUCAAAAGCGAAGAGAUGAAGAAAGGAAACACGAUACAACAGUUCCUACAGAAAGGUCUAGAGAUCCUGCGGAAAGAUUUCAGUGAGCUGAGAUCUGCUGGAGUCGAACAACUUAUGUACAUCAAAGAAGAUCUCAUCAUUCCACAUUGGGGAGCGGUGGUCAUUCAGCCCGUUUGCAGGGUGCCCAGGCGAGCAGCGUUGGCGUCUCCAUCCGCACGCGAUCGUGCUGCCACUUUGGCAGCAGGUCUGUCGUUUCCUGUGGAACCGCCUAUGACACUGGGACUCAUUCUGCCUGGACCGCUGUUCAGCUUCGAUGUCCACGAGGAUGUUCGCUUACUCAGCGAUGCCACCGUUGAGAAGGAUGAGUCCCACGCUGGGAAGGUCGUCCUGAGGAGCUGGUAUGAGAAGAACAAGCACAUUUUCCCGGCUAGCCGCUGGGAACCCUACGAUCCAGAGAAGAAGUGGGACAAGUACACGGUCUUUCUGUACUGUGUGGCGGCCAUUUUGGUCACACAGGCCAUUUCUUCAAAGAAGAUGGCUCCCAGCGGGUUGCAAGUUCAGGUUUGCACAAUUUUUAUGGACACGCUAUAG